AUGGGAGCGCAGGACCGGCCGCAGUGCCACUUCGACAUUGAGAUCAACCGGGAGCCGGUUGGUCGCAUUAUGUUUCAGCUCUUCUCAGACAUAUGUCCAAAAACAUGCAAAAACUUCCUUUGCCUAUGCUCAGGGGAAAAAGGCCUUGGGAAAACAACUGGGAAGAAGUUAUGUUAUAAAGGUUCUACGUUCCAUCGUGUGGUUAAAAACUUUAUGAUUCAGGGUGGGGACUUCAGUGAAGGUAAUGGAAAAGGUGGAGAGUCAAUUUAUGGCGGAUAUUUUAAAGAUGAAAACUUUAUUCUCAAACAUGACAGAGCAUUCCUUUUAUCAAUGGCAAAUCGAGGGAAACAUACCAAUGGUUCCCAGUUUUUCAUUACCACAAAACCUGCACCACACCUGGAUGGGGUGCAUGUUGUCUUUGGACUAGUUAUUUCUGGUUUUGAAGUAAUCGAACAAAUUGAAAAUCUGAAGACUGAUGCUGCAAGCCGGCCUUAUGCAGAUGUGCGAGUUAUUGACUGUGGGGUGAUUGCCACAAAAUCAGUAAAAGAUGUUCUUGAGAAAAAAAGGAAGAAACCAACUCACUCAGAAGACUUGGAUUCCUCCUCCAGUUCUUCUUCCUCUUCAGAAUCAUCUUCAGAAAGUGAAAUUGAACAUGAGAGAAGCAGGAGGAGAAAACAUAAGAGGAGGCCAAAAGUUAAACAUUCUAAAAAGAGACGGAAGGAAGCAAGUGGUUCUGAAGAGUCAAGGAACAAGAAUACAGUGAGCCCAAAAGGAGGUCACUCUGAGAGGAGUGAUGCCAAUGAGAAAAAAUCAGUGGACUCAAAUGCUAAAAGGGAAAAGCCUGUGGUCCGCCCAGAAGAGAUUCCUCCAGUGCCUGAGAACCGAUUCUUACUAAGAAGAGAUAUGCCUGUUGUCCCUGUGGAACCUGAACCGAAGAUUCCUGAUGUGACACCCAUUGUAAGUGAUCAGAAACCAUCUGUAUCAAAGUCUGGACGGAAGAUUAAAGGAAGGGGCACAAUUCGCUACCACACCCCUCCACGAUCAAGAUCCUGUUCUGAAUCGGAUGAUGAUGACAGCAGUGAAACGCCCCCUCACUGGAAAGAGGAAAUGCAGAGGUUACGAGCGUACAGACCUCCGAGUGGGGAGAAAUGGAGUAAAGGAGAUAAGCUAAGUGACCCCUGUUCAAGCCGGUGGGAUGAAAAAAGCUUGUCACAGAGAUCCAGAUCAUGGUCCUAUAAUGGAUAUCAUUCAGAUCUUAGUACAGCAAGACACUCUGAUAGCCACCACAAAAAACAAAGAAAAGAGAAAAAGGUGAAGCAUAGAAAGAAAGCUAAGAAGCAGAAACAUUGCAGACGACACAGACAGACUAAGAAGAGACGGGUUGUUGUACCAUCUGAUGUAGACUCCUCAAAAUCUUCCACCCGACGAAUGAAAUCUUGUGACAGAGAAAGGAGAUCGCGCUCAUCUUCAUCAUCAUCUCAUCACUCUGCAAAGAAGGACUGGUCUAAAUCAGAUAGAGAUGACCAGAGCUCUUCAACCCGUUCCAGCAGAGGUUCAUACAGAUCAAAAUCUCGUUCACGGUCUUAUUCUAGAGGAAGCUCAAGAUCAAGGACUGCAUCAAGAUCUUCAUCACAUUCUCGUAGUAGAUCAAAGUCCAAAUCUAGUUCAAAGUCAGGGCACCAAAGGACAGCAUCAAAAUCACCAAGAACAGCUUCUCAGUUAAGUGAAAAUAAACCAGUUAAAACAGAACCAUUGCGAGUAACAGUGCCACAAAAUGAAAAUAUAGUAAUUCAACCAGUGGUGGCAGAAAAUAUUCCUGUGAUACCCUUGAGUGACAGUCCCCCCCCUUCAAGAUGGAAGCCUGGGCAAAAGCCUUGGAAGCCCUCUUAUGAGCGAAUUCAGGAGAUGAAAGCUAAAACAACUCAUUUGCUGCCCACCCAAAGUACUUACAACUUAGCAAAUGUUAAAGAAACUGGUAGUUCAUCAUCAUACCAUAAAAGAGGAAAACAUUUGGAAAGCGAUCACAGUGCUUAUUCAAAAUACAGUGAUAGAAGUUCAGAAAGUUCACCAAGGUCAAGGAGCAGAUCUUCAAGGAGUCGAUCUUAUUCCAGAUCUUACACAAGGUCACGUAGUCUAGCUAGCUCACACUCAAGAUCUAGGACUCCAUCAUCUAGAUCUCAUUCACGAAGUAAAUACAGUGAUCAGUCACGGUAUAGCAGGUCAUCUUCCUACUCUUCUGUUAGCAGCGAUGAUAGAAGACCAGCCAAGAAGAAAGUUAGAUCCAGCAGGAAAAAAACCAGUGCCUUAGAUAAAAGGCACAGCAGCAGCUCUGACAAGAAGAAGACACUUCGCAAAAAAUAUGUCAAAGGCCGAGACAAGUCUUCCUAUCAGAGAAAGUAUAGCGAAAGCAGGUCAUCUGUAGGUUAUUCUUCAGACAGUGAACAGUCAAGUGUUCAGGAAAAAGAGAAGCAGCCCCAGAUGGAAGGAACUAAUAAUAAACAAGAGAAAAAGAAAGAUGAAGAGAAAUCUAAACCUGAACGGAAAUGCCCUCGUUCUAAAAAAAAAACUUUAAGAGAGAAUCUUUCUGGUCACUUUAGAAAUAGCAAUAAACCUAAAAGAAAGAAUUAUUCAGGGAGCAAAUGGGACUCUGAGUCAAAUUCAGAACGAGAUAUAACUAAAAACAGUAAAAUGGAUUCUCGGCCAUCUUCGGAUAAGGAAGAAGGUGAGGCUACGUCCGAUUCUGAAUCAGAGUCUGGUGACAUUCAUAUCAAAGCUAAAGCCACAACAAAGUCUUUAGCUAGCACUUCACUACCUGAUGGCAGUGGUGUUUGGAAGUCUCGCAAACAGCGGUCAUCAACUUCUGAUUCUGGCGGUUCCUAUUCCAAUCCAGAAAGCAAUAGAGCAAAGUCAGGGAAGCGCACGCACAGAUCCAAGGAAAAUCUUAAAAGGGAACACACCAAAAAAAUGAAGGAGAAAUUGAAAGGGAAAAAAAACAAGAAGCACAAGGCUCCGAAGCGAAAACAAGCAUUUCACUGGCAGCCUCCACUAGAAUUUGGUGAAGAGGAGGAAGAGGAAAUCAGUGAAAAGCAAGUUACUCCGGAGUCCAAAGAGAAAAGGCAAGCUGCUGAAAAUGGUGAAACUGUGAAAGAGAAUAUUCAGAAAAGUGAGAAGUCUUGUGAAGAUAGCAAGGUUUCUGGUAAACAUAAUACAGUGAAUAUUUCCUCAGAUCUGGAACCACAUACUAAAGAUGAUAGUAAACUCAGCAUUUCUCCCACAGUGUUAAAUACUGAGGAAAAUGUAGCCCGUUCUCCCCAAAACAUCCAUCACGUUGAAGAGAAUGUCCCAAGUGGAAUGGGGGACGUACUUCAAACAGAUGAUAACAUGGAGAUUUGCACUCCUGAUAGGACUUCCCCAGCAAAGGGAGAGGAGACUUGUAUAGGAAAUGCUAGGCUUGAUGCUCCAGAUGUAAGUGGUGUCCUAAAGCAGCAAGUGCACACAGAGCUUCCUGAAGCAGAGAUCAGAAAGCCGGAAAGCAGCGUGUCUGAAAGCAAAGUGCUAGGUGAAGUGGGAGCACAGGACAGCAGUGCUGUAGAAACUACUAUGAAGAUGGAGGUGGCUGAGAAGAGCCAGGUUGGCCUCGUGGAUAACAAAUGGAAGCCUUUGCAAGGUGUGGGGAACCUGGCAGCAUCGACUGUCACCUCAUCCAGUGCUGUGGAAGUUAAGGCAUUGACUACUGUGCCGGAGACAAAACCACAGGGCUUGAGGAUAGAAAUUAAGAGCAAAAAUAAAGUCCGGCCUGGAUCUCUCUUUGAUGAAGUAAGAAAGACAGCACGCUUAAACCAGAGGCCAAGAAACCGGGAGAGUUCAAGUGAUGAGCAGACGCCUAGUCGGGAUGGUGAUAGCCAGUCCAGGAGUCUCAGUAGAUCGAGAAGUAAAUCUGAAACCAAAUCAAGACACAGAACAAGGUCUGUCUCCUACAGUCACUCAAGAAGUCGAUCACGAACUUCCACGUCUUCUUACCGAUCAAGAAGCUACUCAAGAAGUCGGAGCAGAGGAUGGUAUAGCAGAGGUCGCACAAGGAGCCGGAGCAGUUCCUACCGCAGCUACAAAAGUCAUCGGACGUCCAGCAGGAGCAGGUCCAGGAGCAGCUCAUACGACCCCCACAGUCGGUCCAGGUCCUACACUUACGAUAGCUACUAUAGCAGGAGUCGGAGUCGAAGUCGAAGCCAGAGGAGUGACAGUUACCAUCGAGGCAGAAGUUACAAAAGGAGGUCCAGGUGGGAUUUUGUGUCUUUGUUUUGUUGUAGAUCUUAUGGCUCUGACAGUGAAAGUGACCGAAGUUACUCUCAUCACCGGAGCCCCAGUGAAAGCAGCAGAUAUAGUUGA